AUGGCUCGCGGGAGGGGGUUGAGGGGAGGGGGGGGUGUAAGUGGGGGGGGUAUCGAUCGUGCGCGAGGACAGCCGAACACGGACCCCCUCCCAGACAUAGUCAUGUUGCUGCAGAUGACUGUGUCGCUCCUGCUCCUCUCCUUUGCCUCUCUUCUUGUUGCGUCCCGGGUCAAACUCAACUCCAUCCGCACCGUGAUCCUCCGCAACAGCCACAUCCUGCCAGCCAACCGCAGCAUGUGGGAGCCCGGGCUGGACUUCAGCCUGUACCAGUGCAUGAGUGACCUGGAGUGCAGAGAGGGGAGCUACUGUCACUCGUCGCCCAAAGCUGCUCCUCACUCCCGCUGCCACACAUGCCGCCGCCGCAAACGCCGCUGCCACAGAGAUGGGAUGUGUUGCCCCGGCAGCCGCUGCAGCAACAAUAUCUGUGUUGGGAACGAUGACGGUUUGGUGUCUCAGACAAUUCCGACCUCAGGCGACAGUGCGUCCUCACAGAAGUCUUGGAGGAGACGAGGACGAGCCGACACAAAGGGAGGACCAGAAAAAGGUCAGGUGGGUGACCCAUGUGUGCGUUCGUCUGACUGCUCUGACGGCCUGUGCUGCGCCCGUCACUUCUGGACCCGCAUCUGCAAACCAGUGUUACGCGACGGUCAAGUCUGCACCAAACAUCGCCGCAAAGGAAACCCAGGUCUGGAGCUCUUCCAACGGUGUCCCUGCGGCAAAGGACUGAGCUGCCGGGCGCUCAGAGAAGUCAAACCCCAGCCCAACGCAUCCCUGUUAGUGGCUGCAGCGGCUAACACCAAGCUAGCGCCAUCUAGGCAUUCGUCUCCGCAUACUUCGCUGCUGUCGACCUCGAAAGUAAACGGCCAGAACGCUACGAGCUCCAGAAGACAACAGCUGGUUCUCUCCUGCUCAGGAGCUGGAGUCUUCCAGAUGUCUGUCCAAAGCCGUUCCAAAGAAAUUUCUGAAGAAAACAACAAUGUCAGCAUCCAGUCACUGGCGCUAAACGUGCUGUUGCUCGGUGAAAGGCAGAGUGGGCAAAGCUCUGUGGGGAAUGCUCUGAUUGGAGGCUCCGUUUUCCACACAGGCUCUUCUACCACGGGAGUCUCUGUCACUUCUCAUCUUCAGCACGUCUGUCGGACUUUCCCGCGAUACUUCAGACGAAACGGUGCGGAGUCACACCUGUGUCUGAGGGUGAUUGACACCUCUCCGGUUAAGCCCCACCCACAGGAAAUGCAUGCACUGUGUCCGGAGGGCGUGCACGUGAUUGCACUUGUGGUGAGGGCGGAUAUGAUGGGCGAGGGGACACAGCUGGACACAGAGGCAAAGAGUCUCUUUGGUCCACACUGGUUUAAACACUCACUACUCAUCGUGACUCACUGCGACCGACUCAAAACGACGCAGCCGUCCCUCUUUCUCACGAAGGCUGUCGAUUGGCUGGGAGCUCUGUCUGAUCGAUUGGUGGGCGGGGUCUUGUUUGUGGACAGCAGCACUGAUUGGCCGUCGCUCAUUGGAGAACCGAUAAGAGAGAAAAUCCUCUGUCUGUCAGCGAGAAAUCACCAUCAGUCUCUCUCUGUGCUUGGACCCGAAAUGACCACUGAGACCUAG